CUGAGCCAUGUUGCUCUCUGCUGGAUGCUCUCACUAACACACAUCCAUCCUCUCCAGCAGCACUGCUCUCUGAUUGGUGCACGGAAAAAAUCCCACUAAUGAUUUCAUCCGAGCCGCCUCCUCUCCUGCCCCUGGCAAGGACUCAUCAGUGAAUGAAGUGGAAGGUGCAUGCCGCUCAGAGACUGAGACCCUCCAUCUGCUGGGCAGUACAGUAAACACAAGAACAGCAGCAGCUGGCUGGACUUGGGUACCACAUCAGAGGAGAUGCUUCUGCCUUUGUAGUGGACCAAAGGGAAUGUUGCAGUUGGUCUUUUAUUUCUGAAUCCUCUGUGGUUUACUCCACUGGCUUCAAGUUUUCUUGGGUGGAAGGGAAAGAGCCUAAACUACAAGGUGUCCAUCCUUCUUUUUUUCUUCCUGGAUCCACUGGCCACAUUGUGGUGAAGUUGUUUUGUCCGUCACCCCCCCCCCCCCCCGAUUCGAAGGAGGAUUGCUAUUCUGCAUUUAAAAAAAAAAAAAAAAAUUUUUUUUUUUUAGGUGUUUGCUUUUCUCUUGCACGGGGACAGUAAAAAGUUGUCAAGACGCCGCGUGCCGUGCUCCGCGUGAAAAAUGCCCCGGCCAGGUUGCCAAAGCCGACGCCGGACCCGGCACCCACCCCGGGCUUAUACAUGGAGCGCUCGCAGAGUCGGAUCAGCUUGUCUGCCUCCUUUGAAGCACUGGCUAUCUACUUUCCCUGUAUGAACUCUUUCGAUGAGGAUGAUGGUGCAGAUGGCCGGAAACUCCGAAGUGGCAUUCAGAGAAGUACAGAGACAGGACUUGCCGUGGAGAUGCCCAGUCGAACUGUAAGACAAGCCAGCCAUGAGUCUAUUGAAGACAGCAUGAAUAGUUACGGGUCUGAAGGAAACCUGAACUAUAGCGGUGUCUGCCUCGCUUCAGAUUCUCAGUUUAGUGACUUCCUGGAUGGCAUGGGACCUGCACAGUUUGUCGGAAGGCAGACGUUAGCUACGCCAUCAAUGGGAGAUGUUGAGAUUGGACUAAUGGAGAGGAGCGGACAGCUGGAAGUGGAAAUCAUUCAGGCUCGAGGCUUAACCCCAAAGCCAGGCUCCAAAACGGCACCAGCUGCCUAUAUAAAAGUCUACCUGCUGGAGAAUGGUGUCUGUGUUGCCAAAAAGAAGACAAAAUCUGCUCGCAAAUCACUCAACCCCCUUUACAACCAGGUGCUCGUGUUUUCUGAAAGUCCGCAGGGCAAGAUUGUUCAGGUCAUUGUCUGGGGCAAUUAUGGCCGAAUGGAUCGCAAGUGUUUUAUGGGGGUUGCCCGGAUCUUAUUAGAAGAGCUGGAUCUGUCGAGCCUAGUGAUUGGUUGGUAUAAGCUUUUCCCCACCUCUUCAAUGGUGGACCCCACCAUGGCUCCCCUCAUCCGCCACUCAUCGCAGCUGUCCUUGGACAGUACAGUGAGCCCCUGUUGUGAUCGAUCCUAACAGUGCAGAGAAGCUGAGGACUCCUUUUAUAUGUGUUUCUGUCUGCGCUGGAGACUUAGCUCCUUAGCACGAUGCAUGCUUGAUUGGUUUCUCCAAAGUCCUCCUGUUCACCGGGUGCAGAGGGAAGAGAAGAGAAGGAGAGACCUGCAGCCCCUGGACUUGGACAAUCCCAAUGCUGCUCUGAUUGCAGGCUCUUAGAUGAGGUUAAGUGAUUUAAUAUCUGGGCGCACUUUGCUAUAUUUUGAGUAUUGGAGUGACUGCCUCACUGUCUGACUGACGCCGGAGGUGAUUAAUAUCUCAAACUGCAAGCGUGUCUUUUUAUUGAUGUAGAAUAAAUGUAGGGAACCUCUUUGUAGACGAGCUUUCUUCCAAUUAAAAAUAUAACAUCAGGAAUUAUUCAAUAUGUAUCGAUAAACAAUAAGCUAAACACAGUGUUGUUUAAUUAAUAGAGUGUUUUUCUUUGAAUAUUUGUUCAAUUCUUGUUUGUUUGUAAUUUGUUCUGUGGCCUGGCCACAACGACUCUUUCAGCUGGUGUCUUUGUAACAUGGAUCAGCAUGAGCAGUGGCCCAUGUUGCAUUUUAACUGUGCCAAUUUACCAGCAAGUGUCUUUAUGUUGUGGCAGUCAGGGUCAAAUCAGAGAUGGGGAGGGAUGGGGAUGCAUUUUUAAGACGCACCCAUGAAGACGCUGCAGGAGGAGCACUUUGAACAAAUGUUGUAGUCUGAAUCCAGUUAAAUAGCCGUGGCCUCCUUGCUUGUGAAGGGAGAUGCUUGUAUGCACUUGCCAUGGUUACUCCAUGAACGUUGAGUCACAGAGCCCCUAACGGGUCGCAUGCAGACAUUAGAGCAGGUAGGUUUGGGUGUUGGAAUGUUUUCUGUGAAAUGGGCUAACACUGGUGGCAUUGGGCCACAAUGAAUGUUUUAAUUUUCCAGGUUAUUUUUACUGAGUCUAACUCUCUUGAGGUUAGAUGUAUAUUUAGAAAGAGACAGUAACUUAGACAAGAAGAACUUUGUUAGGUAGUAUCAGUAAUAGCAGUAGUACUAAUAAGCAUGCAGUAUGUUCUUGUAAUUUGAAGAAACCCACUGAUGAGAAGCAUGACAAUUGAGGCAGAAGACUGCGGUGCAGCACUGAGGAUUUUAUUAUUGACAGCCGAGCUGCAGACCUGGAGGAGAUUUCAAAUGUCACAGUAACUGUCAGAGUCAAAAUGUUUUAUAUAUUUAUGUAUAUAUUUAAAAAAAAAAAAUAGGC